GACUCGGCAUGGGGGACCGGAAAGAGAAGUGGUCCAGCAACCUGGAGUUCGUGUGCUCCUGCAUCGCCUACUCCGUGGGGCUGGGUAACCUAUGGCGCUUUCCGUACGUGGCGUACAAGAACGGCGGUUCGGCCUUCCUGCUGCCCUACGUCGUCAUCAACCUGCUCAUCGGCCGGCCCAUCUACUACGUCGAGCUCCUGAUGGGACAGUUCUGCGGCCGCGGUCCCCUAGGCGUAUUCCGCAUGUCGCCCAUGUUCCAGGGCAAUGCGUUCGGCAUGAUGUGGGCCGCGUUCGUGAUGACCCUCUACUACCAGAUGAUCAUCGCGUACGCGGUGCUCUACCUCUACCACUCGUUCAAGACGCCGCUGCCGUGGACCGACUGCUUCGAGGGGUGGGGCGUGGCCCUGGACGGCUGCUUCGCGCGCCUGCGGGUAAAGCACGUGUGUGCCAGCAUCCGCAAGAGCGUCGUGCUUGCGGGCCUCAACGACACCGGCGCCGAGUCACCCGUCGUGGUCACUUACGCGGGCAGCAGCGUGCUCCUGUCCCAGAGUGAGUACGACACCCGCUUCGCCGGCUGCGUCGAAGCCAACGCCUCGUCGGUGGACGUCUUCUACAACCGCGUGGUGCUCAACGCGUCGUCGUCCUUCGAGCAGGUCGGCUUCGUCCAGCAAAACCUGGCCAUCAGCUACGCCAUCUGCUGGACGAUCGCGUUCCUCGUCAUAUUCAAGGGAAUCAAGGCGAGUGCUAAUUGGAACGCGGAGUUUCUUGGUCGGCAAGGUGGUCGCGGGGACAGCGACAGCCCAAUAAGCGUCAUUCUAACGUUCAUCACGCAGGUGGUCGGCAAGGUGGUCGUGGUGACAGCGACAGUCCCGUACGUCAUCCUGACCGUCAUGCUUAUCCGCGGCGUCACACUGCCCGGUGCCAGCCUCGGCCUGCGGUACCUUCUGGUGCCGCAGUGGGACGCACUGUUCAGCCCCAGCAUGUGGCGCGCUGCCACCGAGCAGACUUUCUACUCGCUGAGCAUCGGCACCGGCGGCCUGCUCGUGUACGGCAGCUACCAGCCGUUCCGCGCGGCGGCCGUGGCUUCGAGCACGACGUUCGUCUGCGUCGUCGACCUGCUGACCAGCGCGUUCGCGUCCAUUGUCGUGUUCUCGGUGCUGGGAAACAUGGCGUACGCGCUGAACAUUCCCGUGGCCGAUGUGGUCGCCGCGGGUCCUGGGCUCGCCUUCGUCACCUACCCCGAGGCGCUCUCCCUGAUCCCGUUCCCGAACCUGUGGUCGGCGCUGUUCUUCGCCAUGCUCUUCUUCCUGGGUAUCAGCUCGCUGAUAGGCUGCUGCGAGUUCCUGACCGACUCCAUCCGGGAACUGUUCCCCUCCCUCGCCAGGCAGCGCGCGGUGACCGCCUUCGUGUACUGCUUGUGCUGCUUCCUCAUCGGACUGAUACUUACCACGCAGCACAACAGCCUCAUACGCUACCCACUGGACCAUGAACGACCAGUAACCCAGGUGGGUCUGUACGUCAUCGCCAUCCUGGACAACUACCUGGGAGCCCUGAUCGUGCUGUUCACCUGCCUGGGCGAGGCGAUCAUAUUCGCCUGGAUCUACGGCAUGAACCGCAUCUGCUUCGACGUCACCUUCAUGACGGGCUCCUGUCCCAGCUACUUCGUCCUGAUCGCCAUCAAGUACUGCGCUCCCGUGGUCCUGGGCAGCUUCCUCGCGUACAGCCUGUACGUGUUUCCGAGAACCACCGUGGGCGAGUACAUGCUGCCCCUGUGGGCCGACGCAUUCGGCUGGGUGCUGGCGGCGGUUGGACUCGCGCCCUUACUCAUAGUCGCCGCGGUCAAGCUCGCGCAGUGCGGGUUCAGCUGGCGUCUUGCCGCUGACCCUGAGCCCGACUGGGGCCCCGCCGAGUCCAAGUACCGGUUGCUGUACCGAGAGAGGCUCUACGACGCGGGCUUCGCCGAACCGCAACGAUUCCUCCCGGUGUCCCCAUCGGCUGUCCUCGAGGCGACGGCGACUUCCAGAGUGUCUCCAAGCGUCGCCGCGAAGACCAAGACGACUUCUGCGGGCACUGCUAAGCUGGACCACUGGCGGCAACUGCCGCAGUCUUCGACCGGAGACCAGGGCCGGAAGACGGCUGCCACGUCGUCCAAGAGGUGGCCGUGA